AUGGAAAACUUUUCUCGUCCUGAACCAAUUAUCAUCAUAAACUGCGUUCUCAACACUCUCAUGGUGCCUGUAGCUAUCAUUGGCAACGCUUUGAUAUUAAUCGCUCUAAAAAGAACUCCCUCCAUUCAUUCGCCGUCCAUGCUUAUACUAGGGGGUCUUGCUGUAUCGGACCUCGUCGUUGGCAUAUUUGUGCAACCGUUUUAUGUUGCAAAAGAACUUACGGAAAACCAGUUAUCAUCUGUUGUGUGGGAUACAGCGGCUUAUCCAGUUUGCGGGGUUUCUUUACUGGUAAUAACAGCGUCAAGUGUGGAUAGGUAUUUGGCCCUACAUUACCACCUGAGAUACAGCAUUUUGGUGACUAACUCUCGCGUCAUCUUUACCACUGUAGUUAUAUGGCUCUUUAAUUACCUUUCCUCGCUGUUUUAUUUUUGGAGCCAACUUAUAUAUCACCUUAUCUUGGCAGUUAACAUUGGAACUUGCCUUAUAAUUUCGACAUUUUGUUACGUUAAAAUUUAUCAAAUUGUUCGUCGACAUCACCGUCAAAUUCGGGCCCAACAACGGGCAGUGGAGUCUAGUUAUACAAAUAACAUGUCAAGAAUGAUGGACUUAAAAAAGAGCGCAAUAAACCAUUUUUUAAUAUACACCUGCAUGGUUAUAUGUUAUAUGCCACUGUAUAUUUUAUUAACACUUCAUGCAACGCACCAAUCGUACAAGUUGUGGAAAAACGAAUGGAACUUUGCUACCACUUUAGUGCUAAUGAAUUCGUCCAUAAAUCCAUUUUUGUACUGUUGGCGUAUUGGAGAACUUCGAAGGGCUGUUGUUACGACAGCUAAGGAAAUGGUAUGCUGAAAGGUGUGUGAAAGAGUGGCCCUUCAGGACAUAAGUCAGAUAAAAAUGAUGAUGGAGACACAGUAAAGUUUUUGUUGUUAUCACACGUCAGCCGAACCGGUACUGACUGAAAACAUACAUCAUACAAAAAGAUUUUCAGUUUGAGCUUGCUUUUAUGGGGAGACAAUCAAGAGUUUCAUUUUGUAUAGCCUUUUCAUAUUCUUUUGUUUGCAUGAUAAAGUUGUAUGUAAAUAGCCUUGAAAUGAUCCUUUAGUUUGUUUAAAGCUCUUUUCUUCUUAGUGCCAGCACUGCAGGAUGAAGCUUAAUUAAAGACUAAAACUAACGCAUUCUAAAGAUUUUAAUACCCUGAAAACGGCUACAGCAAGUAUAGAGAUGCAUGGACAUUAACACAAUUUUCACCUGGGCAUAAAACUCAAUUCUAUGUAUAUACAGAUUGAAGGUAUGCAACACAUAGGCUGUUCUUAUAUAUUUGAAUCUCAACUUGUGUAUAUACGGCAGAGGAUUGAAUGCCGUUUUGGUUGUGUUAAUUCAAAAGCUAAAAUAUUACUCACACAAGAUAUUUCGAUAAGUAACCAAAGUCAGUGCAGGGUACUUUUUCGCAUACCACGCUGUUUUCCUCACUUGACGCCAGCUUUGUGUAUUUGUUUCGACUUUCCGACAGAUUCACUUAUAGAGCAGGAUAAUAAAUAAUUCAUUCUUUCUACAGCAGCAGUACUUUUAUCCCUCCUACUAGUUUGAAACAAUUGAAACACGGCUCUCAUUGCGGUAGCCUACACAAUACUGCUUAGUUCUCUUUACCAGCGCUUGCCUUUCGUUAUAAGUUUUAAUAACACACGAAGUAAAUUCAAAUUAAUGAGUGUCUAUCCAUGGAGGAAUUUUUCCUGUGAUGUUUUUAGUCAAAAUAAAUAAAAAUAGAAGGGAGUGAAUUACUGCGCACGCACAUUUUAUUUUUUUAAAAAACAAUGUUAAAACACUCCAACUCGUUUAUAACACGAUAUAAAACCGAAGCCAUCCGUCCAGAACAAAUAAUAUCCCACCAAAUAUAGCUAUCAAGUUCUGUCUUCCCUUUGGACGUACCUUCUAACUCCAAUUCAAAUAUUGAUCUCUUUGGAAGGACACAAAGAGCAUUUUUAAUUGCAUCUCGACACAAAAAAUACCAUCAAAGCACAUCUUUCUCACCUACAUCGCAGAGGCAGGGACACCCUUAAUUAACGUUAAGGGAAAUUAAUUUCUAUACUUUCAACCUCACGCUCAUUUGUUCGCUUUUGGGAUGGCAAACUGUGCGAUACCGGCAAUAUUACGGUCGCAAUUUCAGUUACUGAAAUGCCAAAUUUGCCCACCAAUCUCCCUCGCAAACACUCAUAUAAGAGAGAACUACCUUGUGUUUUUUUAUAGUACAGAAGGCAUUUUCCUUUCUGGUCCUUUCAAAGCGAGAUUUGUUUUACAGUUUUGGAAAAACAGCAGUACUUUGGAAAAUGAAAGAAGCAGGGGAUGAAAAUGGUUUGGUUUAAUUUCUAACGGUAAGUUUGCAUGGCCAUCGUAAGCUAGUUCAAAUUUGUUGAAGAAUGAUCAGUGCGAAAACUUCCUGUCAUCCAUAAUGAAAUAAAAAACUACUACUGAAGACUUACAUCAAACGUUUCAUGCCAUGAGAACUGUGAACGGUCCUUUUGAGAUCAAAUUCAAUGUUUCUUCGGAUUUACAUCCAGCAUCAGGUUGUUCAGAUUCAGAUUAAACGUAACAUGGUGUCAGAGACACGCGCUGUUGUCAGUAAAAAUGUUUGUAUUUUUCAUUUAUCAUUGACUUCAUCUUCUGUUCUGGCUUAUUUUUCGGUUGCCAAACUCUCGUUGCAUCUUUCACCGCCAAAAGCUUUAGUGUUUGCAAAUUCAUGGCCUGACGGCUUAUACUCUAAUUAACCUAUGUUUCUAAUCAACAUAUGCAGUAAACCAAAAAGUCCGACCAUAAACAAAGAAAAGCUGUUAAGCUGAGAAAAAUUAUAAUAUCAAUAGAAUACAUAAAAUAACGAAGUCAAUUGCAACUUCAUACAUAAAAUAACGAGAUAAAUUGCAAUCGAAGUUCAGUCUAUAUGCCACGUAGGAAAAGUCCGCGGCAAGGUUGAUCUUCAGUACCUCUGUGAUUGCCAUCAUCCUGGAAUUGAUUUCAAGUUUGAAUAUGAACGAGUCCACAUUGAGAGACAACUCUGAAACCUCAACUUCAACCAUCAUCAUCAUUAACUGCUUUAUAAAUGUUCCACUGAUGUUGGCAGCUAUUCUUGGUAACAGCUUGGUUUUGGUAUCCAUCUUUGCUUCGCAGUCUCUUCGUUCGCGGCCUUCAAUGAUUCUGCUGUGUAGUCUGGCUUUCUCCGAUCUUGCUGUUGGGUUGAUAGGACAACCAAUCUUCGUAUCCCGCGAACUAACGCUUAAUUUGUAUAUAGUGAAUAUGUCAGGCGUUAUAUCGAUUGGCCUCUGUGCAAUAUCACUGGCGACAAUGACACUGAUAAGUGUUGACCGAGUCCUAGCCCUUCAAUAUCACAUGUCGUACAAGAUUUUGGUCACAACUUCUCGGGUCAUUUUCACAAUUACUUUUGUCUGGCAUUUCCACGUUGUUGUUUCGUGUAUUUGGUUCUUCAAUGUAGCUGCACUUCUUUAUAUUGCCAACGCUUUAAUAGGAACUUACAGUUUUGUUACAGUAAUCUGCUACAUUUAUAUUUACCGAAUCGUUCGUCGUCAUCAGUCGCAGGUUUUGAUGCAGCAAAGAGCAGUUCAAAGUUUCAACACAAGAGCAAAUGCACACAACAUGGUGUCAGAAAAACACAUCGCGUUUAACACAUUUGUAUUCUUUAUCUGCACUUGUUUCUGUUAUAUUCCGUGGUUCAUUUGUCGUUUUUCUAUCGGCGGCAAAAUUUUCCCCAAAAAUUCAGCUUGCAUUUUUACAGUAACCUUCAUCUACGUAAAUUCUACCAUCAAUCCACUUUUGUACUGUUGGCGUCUUCGUGAACUACGAGCUGCAGUUAAAAACAUUCUGGCGAAAAUAUUUUGUAAGCAACAAGGAUAAAAUCUUUGAGGGGCGGCUUUCAAUAAUUUGGGAUUCCCACCUAUCGAAUAUGCUUCUAAUCAAUAUUUUAUGAACAUCAAAUAUAUAUUACAUGUAAAUAGUACCCCUUACGUAUCAUCCUGAUCUAGGUGGGGCUUGGUGCUUUAAGACAAAGGCUCUGUAAUCUUGUGAGUUCAAGAAACUGAACAUUGAGUCUUGAAGAAUUUAUUACAAGCUGAAUAAACUUUCAAGCUCAAAAGCACUUCAAAAAAAAUUAAAUACUGUGUCGGCUAAUGUUUAGGGGGCCUUAUUGUAGAGGCUCCAUAUAUGGGUAGAGUACCAGAAAUUGGACAAUUUUCAAAACAACCUAAAGUUAAGCUGAUGAAAAUAGAUUAGAUAUUGUAAAAAAAGUGAGCCUUAUUUAUAUAUAUAUCGUAAAAAAAGUUUAUCUAAUAUAUUAUUUAUUUAUUUAUUCAAUUUUUAAUUAUUAUGACUGUUCCUAACUAACGGUAUUUAAUAAAUAUUCCUCCACUAGACCUGAAUGAGGACUAAUGCGAGUUGUCGCAAAAUUGUCUCGUGCCCCUACGCGCUGUUCUACUUAAUCUUCAAAAGCCUGUGUCUUAGCACCUUAUGUAGUGGGCUAACAAGUUUGACUGUUGACAAAGAAAAGCUGUUAAGUCGAGAAAAUUACCAUCAUGAAUUCAUAAAUCGAGUCAGUACAUAAGUAAAAUAACAAUGUAAAUCGUAACCGAGAUUAAGCUGCUUUUUCAAAGGCGGUACAAACUUAAGGUUUACUGUCAUUGCCUCCAUGCGAUUACCUUCAUCCUGGAAUUAGAUUCAGGUUUGAACAUGAAUGAGUCAACACUUAAAAACUACUCUGAAACCUCAAGUUCAACCGUUGUUAUUGUCAAUCUUGUCACAAAUGUUCUAUUGAUUGGCAACAGCUUAGUUUUAACAUCUAUCUUUACUUCGUCUUCUCUUCGUUCGAGGCCUUCGAUGAUUUUGCUGUGUAGUCGAUAGUUAUCUCUGAUCUCGCAGUUGGGUUGAUAGUUUAACCAGACUUCUUAGCCCGGGAGCUAACUUUUAAUUGGUUCCUGGUAAGUCUGACAGGAGUGAUAUCUAUGAGCCUGUGUGCAAUAUCACUGACUACGAUGACUUAAGUGUGGACCGAGUCCUGGCCCUUCAAUAUCACAUGUCGUACAAAAUUUUAGUUACAACAAUUCGUUCCAUAGUUACAGUUACUUUUGUUUGGUUCUUUCACGUCGCUCUGUCUUGUAUUUGGAUUUUAAAUAUGGCUGUAGCUCUUUAAAUUGCCAAUGCUUUAAUAGGAAUCUAGAGUUUUAUUGCAGUGAUCUGCUAAUUUUAUAUUUAGUACCGAAUCGUUCGUCGCCAUCAGUUGCAGGUUUGGAUGCAGCACAGAGCUGUUCAAAAUUCCAGCACAAGCACAAGAGAGAACGUAUACAACAUGGCGUCAGAAAAGCAUAUCGCGUUUAACACAUUUACAUUUUACAUUUGUACUUGUUUCUGUUACAUUCCGUGGUUCAUUUGCCGUUUUUCUAAUGGUGGCAACAUUUUUCCCCAAAACUCAUCAGCUAACAUUUUUACAUUAACCCUUAUCAACGCAAAUUCCGCCGUCAAUCGACUUUUGUCGUACUAUUGGCGUCUCCGUGAAUUAAGAGCGGCAGUUAAGAACGUUCUGGCGAAAAUAUCUUGUAAGAAAAAACAAGGAUAAAAUGACUUAAUGUUUCUCUUGUGUGGGACGGCCUUCAUUCAGGUCACGUCAUAUAACUUGAGAGUGCUAUGUAUUAUAUGUUUUAAUAUUUUGUAAAUAGCAAAAUACUUAAAAUAGGAUUAUUUAAGAAGGCGUCAAGGUGGCUUGGAGCCAAGGUUAUUCAGCCUCCUUUAAGGGAAUUAAACAUUGAAUCUUGAAAGAUUUAAGUAACUUAUAAAUAGCGAGAUCGCCGAAAGGCCUCAUCCAGGCAUAUGUAGGCGGAGUAUGAAUAUAGUUAUUGGAAAAUUUUCAAAACAAGUGAAGAUGGAAAUAAUACUUCGAAACAUGAGAAAGGGUGUAGUUACAUGACGUAAAACCUAAUUGACAAUUAUUAUUAUAUUAUUAUUAUUAUUAUUACUAUUAUUAUUAUUAUUAUUUCUAACUCUAACUAAAGAUGACUUUCCCAAGACAUAAAUGUUGUUGAGCGUACAUUGCAAUUGUUAUACAACUCGAACUCAUUAAAUCCUCAGCCAAAUUGUCGCCAAAUUUGAAUGGCCUUUUCACACGCGCGUAUUCUUUAGCUUUAUUUUUCGAAAAGCCAUGUUUUUAAGCACCUUAUGCAUUAUAAAUGAGCCAAAAAGUUUGACCAUAGACAAUGAAAAGCUGUUAAGUCGAGAAAAUUACCCUCUUGAAUUGUCUACAUAGCAUAACUAAGUAAAUCUUUUAGUGAAGAAAAUUCCAAAACUUAGAGCUAAAACUUAAAAAAAAAACGAGAAGCAUAUUUCGUCCGAAUCACUCAGGCUUUUCAGCGUGGUCGGGGAUUCGUAACCUUUCUGUUACGCAACCUGUCACCUUACAACGCUCAUUAAGUCUGAGUGAUUCGGACAAGAUAUUCGUUUCAUUUCUUUUUUUUUAAUAUUUUGCCCCGAGCCUCGGAAUUUUCUGUACUGAAUGUCUUCGCCUGAGCAGGUGACGAAGUAAAUCUUCGCACAUGUAAAACGUGAAGACUUUAAUUUCCGCGUAUUGAGUGUCAGAGACUUGAAAUUCGCGUUAAACGUAACACAUUUGUAUUUUACAUUUCUUCUUUGUUUCUGUUAUAUUCUGGGGUCUGUUUGUCAGUCUUUUACCGGAAGCAACAUUUUACCCAAAUUCAUUUUCAAAAUAAGCUUCCUCUGGGAAAUAUCAUCUAUCCACCUCUGCACGGCAGUCGUCUUUGCGACCCACGAACGGCAUUUGUUAGGAAAAAUAUUUUGUCUGCAACUGAGUUUGUUUGUCUUUCUUGUUUGGGACGGACGAAACGUCUUAUCUUAGGAGUCCAAUGAAUAUACAUUAACACCUAAAUAUGUAUUAAACUUCAAUCUGUUUAAUGACAAAAGCUUUACAGUGCUUUAGACUUUAGUUUCUGCAGCCCCGCCGUUAGCCGGGAACUGAACCUUGAAUUUAAAAAAGCUUAUUGGCAGUUGAAUAAAUUUUAGUCUAAAAACUGAGCUAAAAAGUUAAAGUGAUGUGGCGAAGCAGAUGUAAAGUUGAUAAAAGCAGAAUUAUGCCCCUGCCAUAAAAAGAACCAGAAACAAUUUUAAAAUGAAAAUCUUACAUAGUCGACCGACACCAAUAGCCGGUUUCCAUGAAUUCGCCUUUUUUUAUUCCGAUGUUGAGAUUCUAAUGUCAAUUCUCUGAUGCAAUCCUGAAUAAAACUAGUAGCAACUUUGCAAUUAUCAGCUCUAGGAGACAACUUUUCUAAUUUGCAAGCAUUAAUGAAAAUUUGCUGCUAUCAAAGCCCCUUAUAUUGUUCUUGUUUAAUUUGUUCACAGCAAGACUGGCACUAAAAAUAAACAUUAGUAGAGAACUAGGUUUCUGCAUUGUCACUGUUACACAAUGAAAUGUUUCGUCAAUUGGUUACUUAUUAGAAUUUGUCGCCAACUUAUUUUAUCAUCAAGUUACCCACCAGCAAAAUUACGUGUCUACUUGACUUGAAUGUUCUGAUGGAUGACAAAUUGUCUGGUGCCUCAAGAGCAUAAUCGUCAGUUAAUUUGCGAAUGGCCAGAUGUUUCCAAACAGUUCAAAGAGGGCGCCAAAACGUCUCUUCGUAAACAAGGAAAAAUUAACUGCUUAAUUUAUUCCAUGAAAUUAUAUCACAAAAUAUGAAAUAACCUCGUAAAAAGUAACCAAAGCGAAAUGCUAUCAUUUGCAAGGAAGAUAUGAGUAGACUAAUGAUAACGCAAGUAUGACUUAACCUGCUUUAAGGGUUCACUUAAUCAACAGUACUUCAGUACGUAAUUUACAUUUCAUUUUGGAACUCCCCUCGGCUUUGAACAUGAAUGCGACAAUGUUUAAAACUCCUCUGGAUCCUCAAGUUCUACUAUCGCCAUCGUAAACUGUGUCAUAAAUAUUCCACUGAUGCUGGCGGCGAUUUGCGGCAACAUGUUGGUGUUAACGGCUAUUUUAACUUCCUCUUUCCUCCGCUCGAGUUCUUCAAUGAUUUUGCUGUGUGGCCUGGCUGUUUCAGAUCUCGCAGUUGGCUUGAUAGUCCAACCAGUUUUUAUUGCGCAGAAUUUGGCACCAAAUGACUUUAUAAAUACUCUAUCUGGAAUGAUGGCAACUGCUUUGUGUGGUAUAUCUCUCAACACAAUGGUCCUGAUAAGCGUAGAUCGAGUCCUAGCUCUUCAGUUUCACAUGUCUUACAGUACCGUAGUUACUUCGCCUCGCGUUAUAGUCACCAUGAUUUUAAGUUGGCUUUUUCACUUUCUUUUCUCCUGUAGUACCAGAUUCUUCAAUUGGAAAGUACAAUUUUGCUUGAGCUGCGUUCUCGUUGGCAUUUACAGCAUCGUUGCCGCAAUUGCUUACAUUUACAUCUAUCGCAUCGUUCGUCGCCAUCAGUUGCAGAUUCACAUUCAGCAACAAGCUGUUCAAGGUUCCAACAUGACGGACGCGAAUACUCGCUUCAUGGUCACAGGAAAGCGAACUACUGUAAACACGUUUAUCUUUUACAUCUGUACAUGUUUUUGUUAUCUUCCAUGGCUCAUUUGUCGAUUGUCUUCAGCACCAUGUUUUGACUUAGCAACCUUGGUUUUUGCAAAUUCUGCCUUAAACCCUCUGUUGUUUUGCUGGCGUCUUCACGAACUUCGAACAGCAGUUAAAAAUCUGUUAAUGAAGGCAACAUGUCACCAACGAGUAGAAAACUAAAUCAUUGAUAUCAAAAUGGAAAUAAAUAGAUGCAUAAUAGUCAAAAAUAACUUAGUUCCGGCAUAUGCAUCAGACAGUUUAUCAUUGUAACACGAGUAAGAAUAAUCUUGGAAAGGCAGACGAUUUUUCUUUAAGUGUCAUGAUGGCAAAUAUAGUAGAAGGUACACAGGACGUUUUAUUUGGUCUAAACUGCAUAAGUCCAUCAAAUCGGCUGAAUCAGCUAGCGCUUUUAAAAGACAAAUAAGAAAGGUAGACCUGACAGAAAUCGCAUCCCUGUUAUUUAUGUAACAAUUAGAUACCACUGUAGCUUUCCCUCAUUAGUUUGGCUAAAUAUGUUUCGUGAUCGUGUAUAGACUAUGAUAGGUAAUUGAGCGUAAAAAUGGAAACGAAUGGGAGGGAUUUUAAUUUAUUUAUUAGCUUGUAUUCUUUGUAUUUCUAAUAUUUAUUAAUAUUCUCAUAAUUAUAUCUUAGAGAUAUUUGAGCUUAAACUGGAAACGGAUGGGAGGGAUUUUAUUCUUAUUGACUUGCAUUGUUAGUUCUCCUAGUUAGGUGUCUCCAAUUAGUUUCCUAUAAACUAGAUUUAGAACGGAAGACAAGUUAACAAAGUCAUUAUCAUUACUUAUGAAAAACUACACAAUAAUCCAAAGAUAUGGGUUUUUAUUUCUAUAUAAACUUGAUUCACAUAAAACGUUGACGACACCCAAAAAAAUACCUUUUAAGUUAUACUUCAGAGUAUUUUUUCAGUUUUUAUACUACUACGUGAGAAAUUUCUGCAAUUUGAUUUCUGCAAUAUUUAGAUUUGGGGUUAUUUUGGUUUAAAAACUUGGACGUAAAGUUUAGCCGUGUCUUUAUGAGAUAUUAAGACUCUCACUAAACAUUAAUUUCUUUUGUUUGUUCUUUAGGAAUUAUUAAUAAGUUUUUGAAGUGGUUUCUAGUGAGUGCCGACUGCAAUUUCGCAGUUGCUUUGUUUUUGCUCUCUAGUGACAUGAUUGGCUAACAAAACGUAGGCCACUUUCUUCUGUUUUAAAGCAAGACCAAGGUUUUGAGUUUUUGAAGCUUCUCACUUAAUUGAUUAUUUAUGUAAUCCUAGAGUGUGAUAAAAAUAUGGCUGAAUGAGGAAUCGAAUCAUCAUUAUCUUUUCAGCUGUAUCCGAUAAUACAAAUGGCCUAAAUGUUUUUAUAUAUGGGAACCGUAACCAUGGCAGAGGAUAUUUCUUUAGACAUUUCGUCUUCGUGACUGACUUUGUUUCAGGUCAAUUUGUCAUCUCUAAGAACACCCAAUGAUUUAGCUUUCUUUUAAAACGUGGAAGAUAUUUUCGCUUUCAAUUUGGAUUCGACUUUGCUCACUCCUUUGCAGCGCUUAUCUUUGACGAGUGCCAACUGACAUCAUUACAGUUGUUCGCCAUAAGCCACAUGUUUUCAAAAUUCUUAAUUUAUUAAUGUCAAGGCGCAGCCAAGCAAUAUUGUUAUCAUCAGCAUACAUUCUCAAGUCAAUUUAGGAGAUCGUUAAUUUCUAUCACGAAAAGGUAAAAUAUAUGACGGACCUUUGAUGGAGAAUCAGAAUCACGUUAACAACAGAAGGUUAACGGCUUGAUAUUCAGAUUAUACUAUAAUAAUUAAACCGCAAGUUCGAGUUGUCUGUGAGUCAAAUAGACAUCUCGGCACUAGCUGUCUCAUUGUACCUUAAAUUACACGACCUUUGAGCGUAAUUGUUAAUUAAGGAGAUUCAAAAUCACGUUCACAACAAAAGGUGAAUAUCAUAUCCAGAUUGGCAAUUUUUCAAAUGAAGAAAUGUGAGUUCAAUUUAGUUCUUACGGAUGAAACUGCAAUAAAAUUGGUUUUUGGGGUAGGUAUGAUCAUGAGGAACCGUAAACGAAAUGGGUGAAGGGUAAUGUUGGUCACGUUGUCGAACAACAACGACAAACGUCUACUGCCGUAAACGUGAUGUCAAAUAAUCACUGUUUUUAGUUUCAGCUGCGUUAUUCUUAUACUCACACCGUCAAGUGGGUGGACAACACGUCCGAUCAGAAAAUGAUAAGGGGAAGUUAUGUGUUGAAGGAUAAGCUCUUAUUCCUGUCAUAUGUUCUAAUAUCUAAGUCAAUCUUCAAACCUUUUUUGCAUAUUAAAUAGUGAAUUGACGUAAUAAAAACUCAUGAUUAAAAAUAAAGAAAGUCAAACUCCACUAGUGAACUGAGAACUGACAGCCAGCAUCGCGAGAACCUGUACCUUGGAAUCGAUUUCAAGUUUGGAAAUGAAUGCCUCAACAUUUAAUGACUCCAAUAACUACUCUGGAACUUCAAGUUCGAAUUCAUCCAUUGUCAUCGUUGACUGUGUCAUAAAUGUUCCACUGCUGUUGGCCGCAAUUUUCGGCAACUCUUUAGUCUUAACAGUCAUCGUAACUUCUCCGUCUCUUCGUUCGCAGCCUUCCAUGAUUUUGUUGUCUGGACUGGCUGUUUCAGAUCUUACAGUUGGCUUAAUAAUCCAACCGAUUUACAUUGCUCGGCAACUUUCAACUAAUGACUUUAUAUUGAAUCUGUCACGUAUGAUGGCCACUGCUUUGUGCAGUGUAUCUCUUAGCACAAUGGCACUAAUAAGUGUGGAUCGAGUUCUAGCACUUCAGUUUCACUUGUCUUACAAAACUGUAGUUACUUCGACUCGUGUAAUGCGUACUAUUAGUUUGAAUUGUCUUCUUCACUUCCUUUUGUCGAGUGUUCUAUUCUUCGAUAAGAAACUAUCUUCUUUUGUUAGCUGUGCUUUAAUUGGCAUGUACAGUGCAGUUACAACCGUCUGCUACAUUCACAUCUAUCGCAUCGUUCGUCGCCAUCAGUUACAGAUUCGCAAAGGGCGACAAGCUGUUAACAUGGAAACGAACACUCACAACAUAGUGUCAGCAAAACGCGCUGCUCUAAACACUUUUAUAUUUUACAUUUGUACAUGUUUGUGUUACCUUCCGUGGUUUGUUUGUCGUUUGUUUACUGAAGGCAACCUUCCUGCCUCAUAUUCACUCUGCAUUUUAACAACCACUUUGAUAUUUGCAAAUUCCGCCUUAAAUCCACUUUUGUAUUGCUGGCGUCUCCAUGAACUUCGCGCAGAAGUUAAGAAACUUAUUAAGAUAUUAAUAAUAAAGAUAACAUGUUAACAAUCAAGAGGAAUCAAGCUUGUGAAAUGUUCAUUUUUUUCGCAUUCUCGGGGGCUUAAUUGAAUGGAUUGCCAAAUGGAGUCGAAAUGACCUUUGUAUUAAAGUUUCUUUUAACUUACUGUAUGUAAAUUUAGAAAUAUGUAUUUGUAAUUGAUCAACUUAAAAAAUAAUAAAAAAGUGUUGUUACUUAUCUCUGGGCUUAAUAAGAAGAUCAUUAAUAAUUAAUGAUGCUAUUGUCUUGAUAACAUUUCAUGGGUUUUAAAGAGAUUCAAAAUCGCGUUCACAACAAAAGGUACUGGAUAUCAUAUCCAGAUUGGCAAUUUUUCAAAUGAAGAAAUGUGUAGAUAAAAAGAGUCCAAUUUAGUUCUUACGGAUGAAACCGCCAUGAAACUCCUUUUUUGAGUAUGUAUGAUGAAGAACCGUAAUGUUUGAAUGUCUUUGUUUUUGUGUUGUGUCAGGGCUCCAUUGCAUCGUAAUUUGUAGGGAGUUAUUAUAACUCCAAAAAUGGAGUAAAAAUUUUAGGUACAGGAUAACCCCUUUUUUGGGGUUAUUUUAACUCCUAAUUUAACUCCGAAUUUGGGGUCAUUUUUACUCCUGAAAAAGAGUUCUUUUUACUCCCAGUCUUGGAGUUAAAAUUACUCCGAAAUGGGGUUACUUGUACUCCUUACAGGGGUUGUUUUCACUCUUUUUGGAGUUAAUUUAACUCUGAAAGUGGAGUAAAAAUUUUAGGUACAGGAUAACUCCUUUUUUGGGGUUAUUUUAACUCCUCAAAAUCUGUGGUCACUUUUACUCCUGAAAAAGAGUUCUUUAAACUCCUUUUUGGAGUUAAAAUAACUCCACGAAAAAUAACUCCACUGUAAGGAGUUAAAUUAGCCCCACUAGAGGAGUUAUUAUAACUCCCUGAAAAUUACAGUGUGUAAACUAGCUCUGCUAACUUGAAUGCCCCUGGAUAAAUAUUGAAUUAAAAAAUAACAAUAAUAAAAAUAAACGAAAUGACUGAGGGCAUAUCUUGGUCACGUUGUCCAAUAACGACGAAAACUGUCCACUGCUGUAAAAGGCGUGAUGCCAAAUCACUCUGUUAUUUCAACAACGCGGACAACACGUCCGAUCAGAAUUAAUAAGGGGAAGAUAUUUUCUAAAGCUUGAGCUCUUAUUUCUGUUGUAAUGUUCUUAUUUCUAAGUAAAUCUUCAAACCUUUUUUGCAUACUAAAUAGUGAAAUAAAGUAAUAAAAGCUCAUGAUUAAAAAUCAAGAAAGCCAAACUCCACUAGUCAACUGAGAACUCACAGCCAGCAUCGCGUGAGCCUGAAGUAACGACUUAUGUGACUACUUGCACCUUGGAAUCGAUUUCAAGUUUGGAAAUGAAUGUAUAUUAACAUUAAUUAACAAUUAAUGAAUGAGGCUGAGUAUCUUAUGAAGAAUUAUGGAGAUCGAGGAGGGUGUUAUCGGCGGAUAACACCCUCCGAGAUCUCCAUAAUUCUUCAUAUGAUACGAAAGCCUAAUUCAAUGAUUGUUUUAUUAUUUAUUCAAAACAAUUCCUAGUUUAAAAAUAAAGCUAAAACAUGCUUAGCUCCAUCGAUGUUAAGUUCACCUUCGAUAGUGCAGGUUUAGGGUGGUUCAGCUCCACAAAUAUUCUCCAAAUAGCAGAUGUCGCCCUUCGAGUUGUGUUCUUGCUGUUCUUGCCAUGUUUUUAGCCAUAAUUUCGCCUAGUUCUUACUCUUGAAAGGAGUGAAAUGUCCGCCAUUUUUUGUUUUCACAACCAAAACAACUCAACCUCGUUCCCAGGUCUUCUCGGUUAACGGUGCCUUAACCUGCAAGAACGCUGCAUUUUUGACGUCAUUUCCUCGUUAACCACAAAAUUCUUCCAAAUUUCGUCAUUAGUAACUGGUUAUGGUGAAUUAAACGUGUGCUUUGAGCCAAUCAAAGUAGGGGAAAUAUUUUGAAUGACAAGACUUAAAUAAUUGCUUUGUAUUCAUCCAUUCUCAUCGUUGACUGUGUCAUAAAUGUUCCACUUGUGUUGGUCGCAAUUUUCGGGAGCUCGUUAGUCUUAACAGUCAUCAUCACUUCUCCUUCUCUUCGUUCGCUGCCUCCCAUAAUUUUGUUGUCUGGACUGGCUGUUUCAGAUCUUACAGUUGGCUUUUAAGCCAAAAAAAUGAUCCAACUGAUUCAUAUUGCCCAACAACUUUCAGCUAAUGACUUUAUAUUGAAUCUGUCACGUAUGAUCGCCACUGCUUUGCGCACUGAUAAUUAUGGAUCGAGUCCUAGUUCUUCAGUUUCACUUGUCUUACGAAACUGUAGUUACUUCGACUCGUGUAAUGUGUACCAUUAGUUUGAAUUGUCUUCUUCACUUCCUUUUGUCGAGUGUUCUAUUCUUCGAUAAGAAACUAUCUUCUUUCGUUAGCUGUGCUUUAAUUGGCAUGUAGGGCGCGGUUACAACCGUCUGCUACAUUCAUAUCUAUCGCAUCGUUCGUCACCAUCAGUCAACUCACAACAUAGUGUCAGCAAAACGCGUGGCUCUAAACACUUUUAUAUUUUACAUUUGUACAUGUUUAUGUUACCUUUCGUGGUUUGUUUGUCGUUUGUUUACUGAAGGCAACCUUCCUACCUCAUAUUCACUUUGCAUUUUAACAACCACUUUGAUAUUUGUAAGUAUUGUUGGUGUUUAAUACAUGUAGAGAUUGUACUAAAAACAAAACAACCGGAAGCGGAAACGAGUCUUGUGUAUGACGUAUUCAUCCGGGUUAUCAAAAAAGAGAGCGCGAGCUGAACUAGUGACGAGAGAAAAAGAAACGGAAUAAACAUGUGAAGCAUGUGAAGCGUAAAGAUGUUUUACGGUUUAUUUGGGACUCAUGAAACAAGGGUAACAUUGGCGUCUCCAUGAACUUCGCGCAGAAGUCAAAAAACUUAUUAAUGACAAAGAUAACAUGUCAACAACCUAGGGGAAUCAAGCUUGCAAAAUGUUAAUUUUUUUCGCAUUCAGUCGAGGGCGAAAAUGGAUUGAAUGGAUUGUUAAAUGGAGUCGAAGUGACCUUUGUAUGUACAUUUAUAACUAUGUAUUUGUAAUUGAUCAACUUUAAAAUAAAAUAACAACUUGGUUUGCCUCCCGCAUGUUGGAUUUAAAAUCAUGUUAUUUUUUAUUAUUAUUUUAGGUAAGUAUAUUUCAGAAGAAUUCGCCUGUUUUCUACUGGUGUUAGCAAUUUUUGAGGUUAGCGCCCCUAUGACGUUUCAGUUGAAAGUGUAGCACAUAAUAUACCCGGGGGGGGGGUACUCCCUUAUAAGGGCUUAAUGGGGACGUGCGGCCAGCCAGGGUAUGUUUUUCGGGAUUUUUGUCUUAAACAGGGUAUCGAAUUUAUCAUUUUUUGUCGUAAUCAGGGUAUCGAUUUAUCAAUUUUUGUCUUAAACAGGAUCUCUUUUCUUGGACGAUAAACAGCAAAAUUUUUACAAGCUCUAAUGUUAAUUAAAUGUCUUAAACAGGGUGUUAAAAAUCGGAAUUCUGUCUUAAACAGGCCCGGAAAAUCAGCGAUAUUUGUCUUAAACAGGAUCAGGGUAUGAGGGGCCGCGCCGCACCUCCCCACCCGGGGAUAAAUCGAGUACCCCCGGGAUAAUAUAUGGUGACUGCAACCUCUUUCCAGUCCCUUGUUCAACAUUUUGAAGACAAAAAAAAACAAAAAAAAAAACAGUAAAAUCAUUCAAAAGUGUACUCAGCCAGCAAAAGUAAAGAGAACAAGCCUAGAUUUUAAAGAAAUGAAAUGUGAGAUGGUCCCUUGUUAGAGUUAGGAGUCGAACAUUGAGGUUUGCGGACGGAAUAUUGAAAUUAGUCUAUUAUCCGUUAGAGAAAUCGUCCUAAAAAGCUGAAAUUAAAAUCACUUGAGGCAAAAUAUCGAACCUAUCAUAUUUCUCCCCAUAAAGGUCUGCAGUCUGUCCCGUGGGUCUCCCAUGGCAUUAUCGCCCUUUAACACCGUGUAACACCCUGUAACGCCAUGUACAACAAUGUAGAACCCUUAAAAACCGUGUUCCACCCUGUAACAACAUAAAACACGGUGUAUCACCCUUUAACACUGUGUAACGCUAUGUGAUACCGUUGAACACCCUGUUACACCAUGAAACACCGUGUAACACCAUGUAACAGCAUGAAACACCGUGUAACACAAUGUAACACCGUGUAUCACCAUGUAACACCAUGUAACACGGUAUAUCACCCUUUAACACCAUGUAACACCGUGUACCACCCUUUAACACUGUGAAACACCAUGUAACACCGUGUAACACCAUGUACCACCAUGUACCACCGUGUACCACCCUUUAACAAUGUGAAACACUAUGUAACACCAUGUAACACGGUAUAUCACCUUUUAACACCAUGGAACACCGUGAACCACCCUUUAACACUGUGAAACACUAUGCAACACCGUAUAUAUACCACCCUUGAAUACCGUGUAACACUAUGUAACACCCCGUAACACUAUGUAACACCGUGUACCACUCUUUAACACUGUGAACCACUAUGUAACACCAUGUAAUACCAUGUAACACCAUGUAACACUCUGUAACACUAUGAAACACCGUGUACCACCCUUCAACACUGUGAAACACCAUGUAACACCAUCUGACACCGUGUAACACCAUGUAACACUAUGUAACACCGUGUGACACCGUGUAAACCUAGUAACACCGUGUAACACCAUGUAACACAGUAUAUCACCCUUUAACACCAUAGAACACUGUUGUUACGGAAGUGAUGCAAUACAAACUUGAACGCUUGAACACAACCUUAAUCCGCUCGAUUAACAAUACACCGAUUUACAACAGGUUGAUGUACUGCCAGGAAACCCGACUUACAACAAAUCUACGAGCGACUAGCGAGGAAGUCACCUGACGUUUGAUAUACAUAAUUUAUUCUACUCUCACAGGUACAGUCUCACGGGGCUUUUAAUGACCCGAGUGCGAGUACGACGAUGGGCCGUAACAUUCUCCCCACUUUGUUGUCCUUCAGGGAGGAGAACUCUCUUCUUAGGCUUACAAACAGGAACACUUUUAACAUUAACAGAGUUUGUUCGCGGCUUCUCCCCACCAUCAACAGGAACAUCACCUUCACGGGUAACUUGUGGGGCUGCUUCAUCAAUUUCCAAUCCGUGUAAGCGUUGAACAGGACUGUUGAAUACACCUUUCUCUACUCUCACAGUAGCCGUUCGCACGAGUCCGUUCUUACCAGGAUGAACCUUUUCCACUCUGGCCAAUGGCCACUUGGUACGCGAUACACACAUUAUCAUCAGAGACCAAUACGAUAUCACCUUCUCAAAUGGAAGCGUUUUCUUCUUGCCAUUUACUUCUCACGGACAGCAGAUGCAGAUGUUCUCAUUGCCAACGUUUGCAAUAGUGGUUAAGUAGUCUCUGUAGGUAAAGAUACCUUUCGACAGUUCUUUUACUAGACUCCUCCAAGCUUUCUUCUUUACUCUCAGGUAACUGGUUAAUUGGUCUACCAAUUGCAAGAUGAGCAGGUGUAACCGGCAAAGGCUCUCUGCAAUCGUCGCUCACUGCCGUCAAUGGUCGCGAGUUGAUGAUGCCUUCAAUUUGAAUUAAUAGUGCGUUCAACUCAGAAAAAGUGAGAAGUGCCUUUCCAAGCACUUUACGCAGUAAUUCUUUGACUGCUUUGAAAAAUCGUUCCCAACAUUCGCCUCGUCAUGGUGAACGUUCGGUGAUGAAUUUCCACGUACGGUAAUCCCUUUCGACGACAGCUCAGAAUUAAUUCAAUUUCGAUCCGAUGUAUCCCACACCGUUCAACUUUGAGUACUAGGAUCACACAAUUUCUGGAUUUCCUUGCUUGCAGCCGUAAAGGUUUUUGCGUUGUCGCUCCACACUGUAUGGCAAAGACCUCUGCGGCUUGUCAUGCGACUAAAGGCUUGUAGGAACUCAUCAGUGGUAAGGCUGUGUGUUAGUUCCACGUGAAUCAUACGAGAUGAUGCGCACGUGAAUAGACAAAGGUACACUUUCUGUAUGGUUGAACCUUCUUUUACAUAGAGAGGUCCUGCGAAAUCAGUUCCAACAUAAGCAAAAGCUGGUGAACAUGAAACUCUCUCUUCCGGCAAUGGGCCCAUUUUCUGCGCAAGGUCCAACUCGCUGUUUUUGGCAAGCUACGCAUCUUCUGAUAACACGUUUGACUUCUCGUCUCCUUGGGUCAGCCAAAUUUUCUGUCUUAAGCUUGACAAUAUGCUUUCUGGGCCCGCAUGUAACAUGAUCUUGUGUAGGUCUAGUACCAUCUUUGCGACUUCGAGAUGUCCGUGAGGCAAUAUUAGUUGAUGCUUGGUCUGUUCAAGCAGAUCAGCAAACUGCAGUCAGCCACCAACUCUUAUAACCUGAUCCUCGCUGUCAUAAUACUUGUAUAGUUUGAGAAGGCGACUGUUCUUGGGAAGGACUUCAGCAAGUGGUAAUCCUCUUUAUAGACUUCUCCCUGUACCCAUUUACAACACUAAAUCUCCGCCUUCUUCACUUCUUCUGCCGACAGUUUGCUUUCAGAAGACUUACAUUUAGUCUUGAACAACUUGACUGCUCUCAGUACAUAAGCGGUUACUCGAAUCAACUUUAACCAUGUCCCGUAGCGCGACAUAUCAAUUAACGGCUCUCUAACGACAGCUGUACAGCCAUGAGCAAUUUUCCUUUCCUCUUCGCGUAUUUCCAGAGGGAACAGUUCCACCUUGGGACUGAACGGGUAUAGGUUUGUCACUCGAAGACAGCCACCAACGUCCAUUCCACCAUAAGGUACUGGCAAUCAUAUCACCACAACUCAACCCACGCGUCAACAAAUCGGCAGGAUUUCCCUUACUAGUACAGUACCUACAACAACCAGGAUCCCACGUGGUCUGUAUUUCUGCCACUCGAUUCGCCACGAAUUUGUUUCCAGUCUGGGUAGUGACACUUUCUUGAUAGGUGCAACUCGCUAAUUAAGAAUAAUUUGAGUCAUUUAUAACGUUUUUAUUAAAUAAUCUAUCACGGCUAUUGAAAAUUUAAAGUUUGAAAUAUAUUUUCGUUUUAGUCGAAUUCAAGCAUACCGAAUUUUUUACCUCUUACGGAGAUUGUUUGCUAAACACCAAACUUUAAGUUCUUAGUGUUGGACUUUCAGUAGCAGGUCUAGAUCACACAAAAUUCGGUUUUUAUCAAUUUCAAAGUUUUUUGUUUAUUGUUGUCAUAGUAAUAUCGAUUUUACUGAAAACUACAUUUUCACGAAUUUCAAUCCAUAACCAGUUACUGGUCAAAAUUUUAUAGCGAUCGGACAAGGAAAAAACCACUUUUAGUGCUACUGAAAAAUAUCGGUAUGACCUCUGAAAAACUGUAUCGUAACACCUUAACAAAGGAGAUGAAUUUCGUUGAGAGGAAGAAUGAUAAAUUUAAAGAGGCGGCCAGAAAAUGAGAAAUGCCAGAAAUGCUAGCGGUUACUAAGGUGAAAAUGAGCGGCAGAGAAAAAAAAGUGCACAGGAAUUCAUGCGGCAUUUCCAUCAUAAAACGUCUAUAAAUUAGGACGUUUAAUGUUGUCGUCGAGCAAAACAACCGGCAAAUAAAUGUACAAAAAAGUGUGCUGCACGUGCAUGCAAGGGUGUUUUUAUUUUGCUAAUAGACCUCUUUAGCUUGUAAGUUUUGUUUUCCUAAUACAGGUCAUGUGAUAAAUACUCUAGAGCCAUUGGUUUCUUUCAGAUUUCGUCUUCAGCAUUCACGUGCAUAUGUACGCAUAAUUUAUGAAAAGACAAAGGGCGAAAAUUUUUGCAGUUUUCCUUCUUGUCAUUGUUUAGCAUUACACGGGUUCAUUUUUUUUUUUUUGGUAAACUUUAAGUAUAUUAACAAGAUAACAAGAGUUUCGCUUUUAGUCGUUAAUCUAUUCAUUAAAUUGAGUACUACUAGCUUUUCCUCUAUAGACACAGCUAGACACCUAUUAAGAGCGACGUUCAGGAAAUAUCGACCAUCGAGUGGCAAGAGUUGAAAAAUCGAUUUCCUUCAUUUUUUUUCCAUAAAGAGCUUUUAGGUAGAUAAGUAAUCUGACGUAAGUUGUUCUCGCAAAAAGCCUUUUAUGUUCGAGAAAAGUAAGAAUGUCGACGUCACGAUGUCAGUUUUCGUGGUCGGAGUCUCAAAAUGGCCGUAUUUGCUAACAUCAACUCUGGCAUUAUUCUUGAUGUGGUAUAGCUCCAAAUUUCCCCACUCCUCGUUUAUUCACACAUUUAGAUAUUCAACUAAAGCAUACCUGAGAAUUGGCUUGGGUUCCUGAAGACAGUCUCCAAACGAAAGCAUCGAAGUCCUGUAAAUAUAGUAGUAAAGCAUGACCAAAAUAACUUAAUUAUUUAACGGCUCCAGGUUUCCUCGAUUGUAAAGUAACAAGACGAAAUAUCUUCCUCUUCCGUCAUCCUUAGCAAAUUACCAUGAUUGUUAAAGUCCUUAUUUUUUGAUAAAAAAUGAGUACCAGAAUACUAGAGCGUUUGAUUUUUUCUCCUUCAAAAUACUGUCGGCAUCGAAAGUGUCCAAAUUUCUCCAUGCGGCUUCGUUUGCGAACGCAAGGAAAGUUAAUGUUAGAGAAUUUCAGGUUAAAAACUAGGACAGUCUGAGACUCCGACAUCGAAAACCGAUCUUCUAUUUUUUCUCACAUAUAAAAGGCUUUUGGCACGAACAAUCUAGUUUAGGUUUCUUAUCUACCUAAAAGCUAUCUAUGAACAAAAAAUGAAAGAAAUUGAUUUUCCAACUCUUCACACGAAAUUAAGAUUUUGAUCUAUUUUUAUUGGCCGUCGCUCUUAAUUAAAAAUAUGUGUGCAACCGACAGUGAGGCUAUCUGAGCCUGUGAUCAAGCAAUGUCAGUAAGAGAUUUUAUAUAUUAGGAUGUGAGUGCAUGUUAUUGUUUUGGACUUCAUCAGAAACUUUUAAACAACUGUAAAAGGGAAUUAAUGUUAACUAAUUUUUUUAGCUAAAAUUUUCCUUCAAUUGUUUCGUCAAAAUGACAAAAUUUGCAGUGUGCGUUUUAUCAAGUCUAACGCGCAUUUUGUUUCAAACGUCCCAAAAAAUCUCCCAUUCGUUAUUUAAUUAAGCAGUAAAAGGAUUAUGUAAUUACGAAUUGGAUCGACGUUUGAGGAAACAUAUAUUAUUAUUAUGGCUAACUACAUGCUAAGUACAUAAAAUAAAAUGUGUAGGAUGUAGUUCUAAUUCCAAUUAAUAUUCCCUUCCUUCCCACACAACGAACUGAUAUUUUAUUCCUGUGUCACCAGCAGCCAUCUGCCAGCCGGUAAGCAUAAAAGAAAAUUAAUUGAUCGCAAAUCACAAAGUAUAUUACUUUCUACAAAACAGUCAUUGUAUUUGCAUAGCUAAAAUCACAAAUAUAACGAAACUCCAACGAGUCGUCAAAAGACCAAUCUUAUGUGACUUAAUUGCACUCGCCUUUGGAAAACUUCAGCCUUUCCUUGGAAAAUGAAUGAAUCAGUUUACAAAAACUACUCUACAACUUCAAGUUCGACCAUUGUCGUCGCUAACUGCCUGAUAAACAUUCCACUGAUGUUGGCAGCAAUUAUAGGCAAUUCGUUCGUGUUAGCAGCGAUUUUAACUUCUCCUUCUCUUCGUUCCAGGGCUUCGAUGAUUUUGCUCGCUGGUUUAGCCGUUUCAGAUCUGGCAGUGGGCUUGAUUACACAGCCUUUUUAUAUCGCACAAGAACUUUCAUUAAAUGGAUUAAUCGCGAAGCUUUCAUAUACGAUGUCCUCGUCUUUAAUAGGAAUAUCCCUCGCUACAAUGGCGUUGAUAAGUAUUGACCGAGUCUUGGCUCUUCAAUGUCACAUGUCUUACUAUGCUGUGGUCACAACGCCUCGAGUUAUCUUCAUCUUGGUUUUUAUUUGGAUUCUUCACUUCUUUGUGUCGUGUAUUAGAUUACAGCUCAACACGAUUCUUAAACACGCCGCUUACGUUCUACUUGGGGCUUAUAACGCAGCUUCGAUAAUUUGCUAUAUUAAUAUUUAUCGUGUCGUUCGUCGUCAUCAGUUACAGAUUCGGAUUCAACAACAGGCCGCUCAAGGUUCUAACACGGAAAUAAAUAUACGCAAUAUCGCAACAAUAAAAUACGCUGCUCUUAACACUUUUGUGUUCUACAUAUGCGCGUGUUUCUGCUACUUCCCAAGAGUCAUGUAUUUUCUCUCUCGCCGCGAUAACUCUGACGCAAACGAUUCUAACACGCCCUGGAUUUUCACAGCAACUUUGAUCUUUGCUAAUUCCGCGAUAAAUCCACUGUUGUAUUGUUGGCGCCUUCGUGAGCUUAGAAUAGCAGUUAAAAGCACAUUAGCAAAGAUAUCCUGCAGUGAACAACGAGAGAAUAACUAA